UUUCCUUCAUUCUAUACAUCAAUUUAAGAGCCUGCUCUCUAUUUGUUUUUGCUGCAACUACAAUCUAGACCUGUAAUGAUCUGCAAACCAUUUAUACCAAAUCGAUUCAUUAGAAACCUUCUAAAGGUCACAACAAAUGAAUCACUAACUUCUGAUUUGUAGAUUCUUCUUUUAGGGAAAAAAUUAUUGGUUGAUUGGAUCCUAAAAAUUGCAAAAUGGAAGGAAUUGGAGCAGAAGAUUUAUCAACAAUUGGAGGGAUUGCUACAGUUUCUCUUCUUCAUUCUUUUAUUCCUACUCACUGGUUGCCUUUUUCGAUUGUUGGUCGUGCCCAAAAAUGGACUCUUUCUCGAACCCUUUUCGUCACUGUAUUUGGUGCAUGUUUACAUGUGCUAUCUACUGCAAUUUUGGGCAUAGCAGCUGUAACAAUGGCCAAUACCAUUGCGGGUGAAGAAACUGUGCACAAGCUUGCUUCACUAUUACUUGUGGUUCUUGGUGGAAGUUACAUCGUGUUGUUUCUAUGCGGAAAGGGAGGCCAUAGCCAUUCUCAUCACCAACCCAUGGAAAAAAUGGCUGUUGCUGGACUUGUUCUAGUGCCUGCUCUUUCUCCUUGUGCAACGACACUUCCUGUGUUUCUGGCUGUUGGUAACUCAUCUUCUAUGAUGGUCUUGGCCAUCAUAGUGCUGUUAUUCAGUACUAUCACUGUAAUGACUUCUUUGGUAGCUCUCUCCUUCUAUGGCGCAAGUCAGCUCAAGUUUCAUUGGGUGGAGCGAUAUGACAAGCUUCUCGUUGGGUCUGUUCUUUGUUUUGUUGGAAUCUUAACUCUCAUUUUCCAUGAUCACGACCAUCAUCAUCAUCAUGGCUCCAGCGAGCAUUUUACCAGAAAGAUUCUAAAUCUUUAGUUUUGAAUUUAUUUCGACUUUAAUUUGUGUAUCAGUUGAAAAGUGUGUCAAGUAUAAAAUUGUUUGAAUGUAUACAAAUGGCUUAGGAGGUUAGAAUAUCCUGUUUGCCUCUAGGUAACCACUGCUCCUUUGUCCUAGUUUCAUUAGCUAUUGGGUAAUGCUUUGUAUUCUUACCUUAGCAUCAAUUUACAAAACAUGUUCCUUCUCAUGAAAACUUCGUUAUUCUGAGAGAACGAGUCUCUUGAUAUUUGUGGCUUUGUGUUCCUUCUCCCCUCGAAGGUAACUUCAUCCUUUGUUUUAGA